AGAAACCCCGUCUGUCUGAAAGGGAAGAAGGGGACCUCGGGACGUUACCUCGCCGCCAUUUUCUGAGACCGGGCGGAAAAAGAAACCAACGUGAGCAUCGCCGGCGUCAGAAUUCCGUGUAACCCGGACCACCGUCACCACAGCGGAUCAGCAUAGCGCUCUCACCGGUAGAUCCGCACGAUGUCUGGAGACAUGGCCACCGACCACGUGAACGGGGAUGGCAGCGAGGAGCCCAUGGACACCACGGCAGCAGUGACCCGCUCAGAACAUUUCCAGGCGCUGCUGGACGCCGGCUUGUCUCAGAAAGUCGCCGAGAAGCUGGAUGAGCUGUAUGUAGCAGGCCUGGUGGCCCACAGCGACCUCGAUGAACGGGCCCUCGAAGCUUUGAAGGAGUUUAAUGAAGACGGGGCCCUGCAGGUGCUGGUCCAGUUCAAGGAGAGCGAUCUGUCACACGUUCAGAACAAAAGUGCCUUCCUCUGCGGGGUGAUGAAGACCUACAGGCAGCGAGAGAAGCAGGGCACCAAAGUCUCUCCUGCCACCAAAGGACCCGACGAGGCAAAAAUCAAGGAGCUGCUGGAAAGAACCAGCUACACACUAGAUGUUACGACGGGCCAGAGGAAGUACGGCGGCCCACCGCCCGAGUCCGUGUACUCCGGACCGCAGCCCACGGUGGGAACAGAGGUGUUUGUUGGGAAGAUUCCCCGGGAUUUGUUUGAAGAUGAGCUGGUUCCUCUCUUUGAGAAAGCCGGGCCGAUCUGGGACCUCCGGCUGAUGAUGGACCCGCUGAGCAGCCUGAACCGGGGCUACGCCUUCGUCACCUUCUGCGCUAAAGACUCCGCCCAGGAGGCGGUGAAGCUGUGUAAUAACUACGAGAUCCGGCCCGGCAAACACAUCGGGGUGUGCAUAUCUGUAGCCAACAACCGGCUGUUUGUCGGCUCCAUCCCCAAGAGCAAAACCAAGGAGCAGAUCGUUGAGGAGUUCUCUAAGGUCACAGAGGGUCUCAGCGAGGUCAUCCUCUACCACCAACCGGACGACAAGAAGAAGAACCGAGGCUUCUGCUUCCUGGAGUACGAAGACCACAAAACAGCCGCCCAGGCCCGCCGCCGGCUGAUGAGCGGCAAAGUGAAGGUGUGGGGCAACCUGGUGACGGUGGAGUGGGCCGACCCCAUCGAGGACCCCGACCCAGAGGUCAUGGCCAAGGUGAAGGUCUUAUUCGUGAGGAACCUGGCCAACGGCGUUACAGAAGAAAUCCUGGAGAAGUCCUUCAGCCAGUUUGGGAAGCUGGAGCGGGUCAAGAAGCUCAAAGACUACGCCUUUGUUCACUUUGAGGAGCGGGAAGGAGCGGUGAAGGCGCUGGAGGAGAUGAACAGGAAGGAGCUGGAGGGAGAACCCAUCGAGAUCGUCUUUGCCAAACCACCCGACCAGAAGCGGAAGGAGAGAAAAGCCCAGAGACAAGCAGCCAAAACGCAAAUGUACGAUGACUAUUACUACUACGCUCCCCCUCCUCACAUGGCGCCUCCUGUCAGGGGGCGGGGCCGGGGCGCCAACCGGGGGGGCUACGGCUACCCUCAGGACUACUACAGCUACGACGACUACUACGACUACUACGGCUACGACUACCACAACUACCGCGGCGGCUACGACGACCCGUACUACGGCUACGACGACUUCCAGGCGCCGAGCCGGGGGCGGGGCGGCGGCAGAGGUCCGAGGGGCGGAGCCUCCCCGGUCAGAGGGCGCGGCGGCGCCGGGGCGCCCAGAGGCAGGGCCAACUUCUCCCAGCGCGGCGGCGGCGGCGGCGGGCCCGGCCUGGGCCGCGGCGGACGCGGAUCAAGAGGAGGCGUGGCGCCGAGAGGGCGAGGAGGGCAGGAGAAAGAGCCGGACGGCGCCGCUGACGUCUCGCUCUGAGGACCCGCCAGGCGCUGCCGGCUGCCGUGGACGAAACGGUAAGGUCCGCCGACCCGCCGGCGGUCCGGUCCACUGAGGAGCGGAUCAGAAGAACCGGGACCGGCAGGACGGACCUCCGUCUGGAGCGAGCUUUGCACUUUUUCAGUUUGGAGUGCUUGAACUCUGUUUUUCUUUCAUUUGCAUUUGUUUUCAAGACGGACUCCGUGGUCUGAUCAUCUGGACCGGCGCCGAGGUGUCAGAACCCGGCGCCGAGGUGUCAGAACCCGGCGCCGAGGCCCGGCGGAUUGCUAACUACCUCAGGGUGGCCUUUUUCUCGGGGCGGGGGGGAACCUGGGGAACCUGGGCGAGUCCAGAAGUCUUCCACGCUGAGAACCCUGCCGGGUCGCCCGGUUCUGACGGUUCUGACGGUUCUGACUGUCCAGUCAGAGCGCUGAAGCCAAGCAGAACCACAAAGAUCCAGAUGCUUCCUUCCUACUCAGGACAUCUCCAGUUGUCUGUUAGUUCAUCUCUAGAAGUGACAUCAGUGGUUCUGAUCGGGUCCGUUUGGGCCGCUGUGGGCCGGCUGCUGAUCCGGUUCUGUCCCACUGGGUUCUGCGGGCCGUAAACCUAAAUAGAUCCAGAACUAUGCGGGGUUAGUGGGGUCCGUUACGCUGGCAGAACCACCCGGACCUCGGUCCAGAACCACCGGGCUGGGAGGACUUCAGAACCUUCCUGUUGGGUUUUUCCAGCUUCUGAGUUCUGAAAAGUUAAUUUAACCGAGUCAGCGACUAAAAGCUGAAGCUCUGACGGCGCCGAGGUGUCCGGCCAGAACUAAAAAGUCCAAAAGGUUCUGUUUUACUGCAGGAGACCGGUUCCUCAGAGACCCAAACCCAUCCUGCUGGGCUCUGAGGAACCCUGACCCGGUUCUGACCCGUUCCUGGACCGGGUCAGGGUUCCUCAGAGCAGCAGCGCCGCCAUCUUUGGCCACAGGAAGGAAGCGAUCUGCUCACAUUUACAUUUAUCGAUUGGUUUAGAACCUCCGGUUAACGCCGUGGUUCUGAGGUCCAGGUUUGUGUCAGAGCUGAGCCCGUGUGGGUCAAACAGAACCGGAUCACAGGCCGGAACCAGUGUUGGAGCCGCUUUAGAGCAAAUCUCCAACAGCGGCACAUUUCAGUCUCAGACUAGGUUCUAAUGAGACCCGGAGGUUCCAGGUCCGUUCUGUGAGACGGUUGGUUCUGAUCAGUGUCCCGCCCACCAUGACACCAGAUGAAGUUCUCUUCAGGUUCUGCUCAAAGCUGCUCGGAUUUCAUGGUGAAGUUUGUUUGAAGAACCGCCACAGAACCCAGCCGGGCUUUCGUGUUCUGGUCCGAGGUUCUGCGUCCCACCUGCAGAUCCCUCAGCAUGCCUGACAGAAUGUUCUGACCUCAGUCUUCCAGCUGAUUGGGCCCAAACAUGAGAACAAACUCAGAAUCUGGUUCUGAGUCCAGAACCCGAUGCUGUUUGGCUCAGAAACAUUCAUCUCAUCUGAGCGGUACCAACAGGUCCGUUCUACCUCCCCCCACUGAACCAGAGAUGGUUCCUGCCGUCCUCUGGUCAGAAGCAAAGAGCUGAGGGCCUGAAAGGCAUUCUGGGAGCUGUAGUCCAAGCGGCUCAUGUCUGUAGUUCUACCUGUUCCCUGCUGCAGGGGUUCUCCUUUAAAGUGCUUUAAAAUCAGGAAGUUGUUGCUGUUCUCUGCCAUGAAUCUGGACUCGUGUUCUGGCCUGAGUUCUGAGACGAUGUGCAGAACUUCUGGUUCUGUCGGACCUCCAGUGUUCAGAGUCGCGUUAUUUCCUGUGUCUGUUUGCACUCCUGCAAAUCAAAUGUUUUAUACUGUACAGCAACAUGAGCUAAACUUAUUUUUCUAAUAAACUUGUUAACUCCAA